GCGUGACUUAUUGCCAGUUCAAAGACGCCAUUUUGGUACGAAAGGAAAGAAAUCAUCAAAAUGGUGGAGCAAGAUCGACCUGGUAAAAUGUUUGUGGGAGGGCUGUCACCAGAUGUGGAUGAAAAGACGCUGGAAAAUGCAUUUUCCAAAUAUGGACGUCUGACAGAGAUUUUAGUCAUACGAGACAAAAUCACUGCAAAGUCCCGAGGAUACGGCUUCGUUACAUUUGAGAAUCCACUUGAUGCUGAGGAUGCUGCCAAAGGCAUGGAAGGAACAGAAAUCAACGGGAAACCCAUCCACACGGAGCAGGCAGUUCGCAGCAUAGGGAUGGACCGAGGGAUGCGGGGGCGGGGUGGCGGUCGACGAGGCUCUUCACGGGGUGGUUACCUUGAUCGCCCUCGUCACCUGUCCGGCGGUCGCAGGUCCCCACCACCUAGACGGGGAGGAUUCUCAAUGAGGGGAGGCAGAGGAGGACCCCCCAGUUCAUUCCAUGGUGGCAGAAGUCUUAUGGGCAAUGGCCGGAGGGACUAUUCCCCACCCAGGAAAGGACCACUCAUUGCUGAUGUCCCCAGAAACAGCUUCGCCGGACCCCCACGGAGGGACUUCGAUGGUCCACCAAGAAGAAUGUCUCGUGGUGAUCGGCGAGACGACAGGAACGGUUACCGUGACAGGAGUUACUCCCCCCGUCCACGGGAUCUGUACCCACCGUCCCCCCCAUUGAGAGACACGGGACGUGGCCUCCUUGAUGGUCGCGGUCCCACGUCACGCUCCAGAGAUUAUGGCUCGCAUGAUUUCCGUGAUCAGAGCCGCGAUUAUUCUUUUACAAGAGACUAUAGUCCGGAGCCGGCCCGAUCAAGGGAUUACGGUAUGAUACGAGAUGACCGAGGCCGGGACUCAUUCUCGCGUUCUGGGGGAGACUACAUCCCAACAAGGGGAAGCGACCUGGGAGGAUCGCGAGACAUAGGCCGAGACUACCCGUCUUCACGGGACUACGGUCCCCCAACACGGGACUAUCUCCGAGAAAGAGAACCGAUUCCACGAGAAUAUUCCUCCAGAAGCAUGGGGAGAGGAGGCAGUGGAGGAGUGAGGUAUUCCGGCCGCGAUGAGAUGGACAGUCGCGGUCCUCCCAGAGAAUACAGCACACGCAGUUAUGAAGGUUCUGGCCCUUCCAGAAGAAGUGUUAGUGGUCCUGGUUCCAGAGGUCCGCCUUCACAGUCAAGAGGUCCUCCACCUAGGGGACCCCCCUCCAUAGGAUCGUCUCGCGGCCGAGGUGGUGGCGGGAUGAGUGAUCGACGGAUGGACAGACCUAGCUUCAGCGGAUCAAGCAGCCGGCGGCCUGGCCCGUCCCCUUCUAGAGGACCUCCUCCAAUGAAACGGUCAAGACUCGACGGACCACCUCCCAGCAGACGCUGAUCUCAAAUAUUUAAUUUCAAAUCACGAAUAUUAAUAUCACAUCACAAAUAUUAAUUCCACAUCAGAAGAACACCAGUAGUGUCAUUUGAUAAGAAGGGACAAGGAGUGGUGUGUAAUGGUGGACAAAUUGUGCAAUCGUUAAGCUGGAAGUAGUAGUAAACGCGCUGUUGUGCACCAAUGGGGAAAUGUUUCAGCUUCUCGUCGAGUGUCGUCAAAUUGUAAAUGUUUGUUGGUCAUGGACAGUGUCAUCGUGUGUUGGUAAUACACCAAAACGUCGCCACAUUUUUUUUUUUUUUUUAAACUGAUUUUAGUUGUAAUGUACAGUGUUCCAUUUCAUUAGUUUCUAUCAUUGUAUCAUUACCAAGCAUUCAGAGGUGCCCGGACGCUUGUACACACCUUUUUAUUUGUAUUAAAAGUCCUACAUGUUAUACAACAAAA